AUGCUUCGAAGCCAAGACAAUCAACAGCAACUAAUUCCUCUAAAAAAAGUGAGUGUUGUAGCAACGAUUCGAUCUUUCGCUGCUGAUGUGACUAUUACACAACUAUUUCGCAAUGACGAAACAACACACAUAGAAGCUGUGUACUGUUUUCCGAUCGAAGAGCAAGCAGCUAUCUACAAUUUCACAGCACGUAUCGAUGAUCGAGAAAUUAUCGCUCAAUUAAAAGAGAAAGCAACAGCUCAAAAAGAGUACAGUCAAGCACUUCAAUCAGGUCAUGGUGCUUAUUUAUUAGAACAAGAUGAAAAGUCACAAGAUAAUUUCAUUAUUAAUGUCGGUGCACUUCCACCUGGGAAAGAAUGUGAAGUCGUCAUUUCCUAUGUCACAGAAUUGAGUCUGGUUGAAGAUGGCAAAAAAAUUCGAUUUGUUGUACCAACGACAAUCGCGCCUCGUUAUAAUCCUUCUCAGGGUGGAUUGGGUUCACCUGCUGGUACAACAUCGAAAUAUGUUCAGUCUACUCCAUACACCAUUGAUUAUCAUUGUCAAGUGGAAAAGUUUGAGAUUGCCGGUAUUAGUUCACCCUCCCAUCCAAUUCAAAUCGAUUUCAGUCAACAAGAUUUCUACAAUGUUACAUUUGCGCAACAAAAUACGCAUUUAGAUCGAGAUAUUAUUGUUGAUACGCAACUUGCUGAGAGUCGAUCGAAUACUAUUCUCGCUGUUGAAUCGAAUGCAGUUAUGGCUUCAUUUACACCCAAUGAGCAAGAUUGCCAACGAACUACAGACAAUAAAAACAUUACGAAUGAAUUUAUUUUCGUUGUAGACUGUAGCGGCUCAAUGGAUGAAGAAAACAAAAUUGAAUUAGCUCGACAAGCCAUGUUACUCUUUCUCAAAAGUCUUCCUGUUAAUUGCCAUUUUAAUAUCGUUCGAUUCGGUAGUAACCAUCAAAGUUUAUUCCCAGAGACUACUGCUGUAUAUAAUGAAGUAAACGCACAAAACGCUGAACAACUGACGAAGACAAUGAAAGCAGAUUUAGGCGGAACCGAAUUAUUGUCUCCUUUACAAUGGCUUGAUAGAAAUCCACCUGUUCGAGGCCGUUCUCGCCAAAUCUUUCUUCUCACUGAUGGUGAAAUAUCCGAUGUUGAUCAAGUAGUUGAUCUCUGUCGAACAAUGGCGACGUCAACUCGAAUCUUUUCAUUUGGGCUGGGCUCUUCACCUAGUCGUUCACUUGUCAAAGGCUUGGCUCGAGCAACCAACGGUCGAUUUGUUUUCAUUCCACCGAACACCAGUGUUGACAUUCAUGUCGGUGAGCAAUUGCAAAAAGCAUUACAACCAUGCAUCACUGAUGUGCAAGUCAAAUGGCAUUUGGAUACCGCAACAGCCAUUACAACGGUUCCGACUAAAACGCCGCCAGUUUAUAUUAAUGAUCGCUUAAUCGUAUAUGCCCUUGCCGAUAAUGCAUCCAUUCGAUUUGAUCAUAACGCAAGAGUUGAAUUGAUAUCUGCGCAGCAUCGUAUAGGCGAAGCGAAAGUUACUCGAAUACCAAAUGUUAGUAACAACGAGACUAUCGCUCGAUUAGCUGCAAAAGCGCUUAUUCUUGAGCUACAACAUCAAAAAUUACCAUCAUCGAAACAAAAGCUAAAUACAGGCUCAUUACAAGCCCGUUUUCAAAAAUCUGUAGCAUCAAAUAGCAGCGAUGAUGAAACAACGAAAGAGCUAACUAAAAAACGUAUCAUUGAAUUAUCGCUUAGAUACAAUAUCCUCAGUCCUCAUACAGCUUUUAUUGGUGUUGAAAAACGAGUGAAUGCAAGUAACGUUGAUAUGGUACUACGUGAAGUACCUAUUCAGAUAGCAACUGAUGAUCAACAUUUGUAUACUCAUUCGAAUGCGUUAAUGCUUAACGCGCUCGACUUCGAUGAUUAUUGUGAUAGUGAAAAUGCCGCCCUCAGUCCGAUAAAUGCACUUCAAUCGCUAUCGCACCGUUCAUUAAGCGGCAAUCGUUAUCUUUCAACGGAUAUAGAUAUGUAUUGCAUGAGUAUACCGUUACCAGAUGCUGACGACGACGACGACGAAGAAGAAGAUGAUGAUGAAAAUUUGUUUUCUUGUCAGUCUAUGCCACAAAAUACUCCAUUCCAAACUUUCAUUCCGACCUCAGCGGCUGAUCUGUCAGUUAUGCGUGACGAAGAUAUUGUUCGUUAUUUAAUUGACAAACAAAAGUUCAAUGGCUCGUGGCAACUAGACGAAACUGAUAUUCAAAAAUUGACUGGUAAACCGUGGAAUGUAUUCCAAUAUAUAGCUCCGAAUGAAGUGCUUACUUCUGCUAUCAUUAUUUUGAUACUUGAAACGCGUUUCACGUCCUUUUCAAUGAUGUGGCACGGUAUCGCACAAAAAGCACGCACAUAUCUACUCGAUCUCCUUGACAAAGACAUGACAAAAGUCAAUGCAUUACUCGAAGACAUACGUAAACAACUUUAA